UCAAUUUAUUCAUUUCAAUUCGCAGCUGAAAGAAAUCCAAACAAUGGAGAGAGAGUGCAUGAGGAAGAAGAGAGAGAGUUUGGAGGAGAGAAGAAGCCCACUACAAAAUCUCAAUGGCCUUCCAAUUCGCAGACGCAAUACCAAAAAAAACUCCCCCAUUUCUUCGUCUUCUUCUUCCGCGCCUGCUGCUUCAAGCAAAAUUCAAGCCCAAUGUUCCUACAUCAAGAAAGCCCUUUUUGCAGACAUCAAGAAAGGGUCUUGAAGCAAAACCCACUUGCAAGAAUCGGCAAAGAUCAAAACUUUCUCCUGUUCAUGGAAAAUCCGAGAAAGGGUCUCAAGAAUUCCAGAAAAAGAUGAAAAUUUCAGGUAACUACAGAGUAUCUAAUUCUGAUGGUGGUAGUAGUUCCAAUUGUGCUGAGUUUUGCACUCCACAUUCUCUCAAUUUAUGUGAUCAUGAAUCUGCCGUAGAUGGUUUCGUUUAUGAGAGAGGUGAAGCUGCAAAUGAUGUGAAAACACCACCUGUUGAGGCAUCAUUGUCCCCUGAAAUUCAAUGCCAAUCCCAAUCUAGAAUGGUGGUUCUCAAAUCUGUUGGGACCCCUGUUUUAUACGGUGCUGGUUGCCUCGUCUCGGGUGUCUCUGAUAGGCGAAAAUCGAAGCUCAAAGGCAGCCUUAAAGGAUGGCUGCAGGAAAAGGGGGAUCUUUUUUCUGAUGAGAAUGUGAGUGGUGAUUUGCAGGUUCCUUUGCUUGCUGAGGCUUCUGUUAGGUGGCAUUUGUCUCCCUGUGAUCUUAGGAAUAGGUUUGGCCAAGAUAGGAAUGUAUGUGAUGAUGAUUCAGGCACUGUCGACUCGUUAUCUUUACCUUCGAUUUUGUGUGAUAAGAGUAGUUAUAGUGGUAAUGGUAGUGUAAGAAAUGUGGAGAUUGAUAGGAGUAAUGUAGCUGAUGUGCUCACAAAGAAUUUGGAAUGUAACAUGGAUGAAUCUCUUGCUUGUUUGAAUAGUGGAAAUAUGAUUCAGACACCAGAUUCAGAUUCCAGCUCAGGCACGCGUUUUGGAAGGUCUAGAUUCAAGGUGAAUCUUAGCAACUCCUUUUGGCCAGAUUCAAUAACUGAAAAGCUUGAGGGAGUGAAAUUAUCACCUAGAAAUGAGGUUUCAAUGUGGGGUGGUUUAGGUUCCCAUUCUGUAGACAUUUGUUCGCCUCCCGUUUCUCUUGAUCCAACCCGGAUAGAGAAAAACGUAGACAGUGUGUCUGAUACUACUAGUGAUAAUCUUACCCUAUCUCAUAUGAAAAUAUCAUGGUGUGAAGGGUUGGCUAGUGAAUUCGUUGAAGCGGAUGAGUUUGAUUGCUGCUGCUUAUCAGAUGAAGAGAUUGAUGGAGAUAAAGCUUGUAUGGUUGUUGGAUCUGUUGAACACAAGGAUGAUGGUUUUAGGAUAGGAAAUGAGCAUUCCCCGGUGAUUCUUGACUAUGAACCUUGCCUUCCUGCUGAAAGGAAGGUCAAGUCUUUCUCAAUUGGCAGUAAUGCAUGCACUGAUGGAGGCGGCUUGCUUGCUUCUGUUGAUUCGGAUUGGAGAUAUCUCAACGAAAAACGCACAUUUCGUGCCACAUAGAGCAGUAGAAAGUGAGUAUCUACUUUUUCUUGCUUUUGUGGAUUUAAAGUUGAUAGAAGACAUUUGAGAAAUAAGCUUUCUACUGCUAUGUCUUUAAUUUCAAUGUCAAUUUCGAAUAUCGAAUUAGAAGACAAUUACAUAGGAACAGAAGAUUUAAACUAUUAGCCUCUUUCUAGUGUGCAUGAAAUUUGUAAGAUGUUUGGAGUUCUGUACACUUAUUCUUCACUUAAA